AUGUUGAAUGAUACAUACCCGGAUGUCCGCCAAUUUCUUCGGGUUCCCUAUGCACAGCCGCCAGUCGGGGAUCUCAGAUGGCUUCCGCCUCAAAAGUUGGCCAACUCGUCGAAGAGAAUCGACUCGACUCGCUUUGGACCUGCCUGUCCGCAGUAUGUUGCUUCCGGAAGCAGCAUGUGGGCAGAGUACGCGCCUACAAGCCUUCUGCUGAGUAUUGGGGAGGCACCCAAUCAGGGAUCGACUGCUUGGUCCUCCUCAGAGGACUGUCUGUCACUAGCUGUGUGGACCCCAGCAUUUGCCAACAAGACAUUAAAUCUGCCUGUAGCUCUUUUUGUCACAGGUGGUGGCGGUGUCACUGGCGGAACUGAGGUUCCAUCCCAGCUACCAUCGAACUGGGUAUCGAACUCCAAGGAACAUAUUGUCGUAACGAUCAAUUAUCGGGUCAACAUCUUCGGCAAUCCUAAAUCGAAAGCUCUGACAGAGACAUCUCUGACUUUGUUGGAUGUGCGGGCCGCAGUAGAAUGGGUAGCCGAGAACAUUCGGGCAUUUGGUGGAGACCCAGACAAUAUCAUGCUAUGGGGACAAUCCCAGGGAGCGGCACUCACUCACCUGUAUACACUUGCCUUUCCAGAUGACCCUCGUGUGGCAAAAUUUGGUGUCAUUUCCCAGCCUCCGUCGGUGUUAACAGCAUAG